GUAAAAAUUAUUACCGGGGUAACAAACUAAAAUAACAUUUUCAAAACUUCAACGUUUAAAAAAUUUCCUAUCUUUCGUGCCAAGUUGCUCUCGUAAAAACAUUUCUGGUUUGGAAAGAGGUCAAGAUUUUAUAUAAACAACAAAAACAACUCAUCCAAACAAUCUUACCAAAUUAAACUCGUAAUCGUGAGUUUUUAAAGUAGUUACUAAAGUUAAAUAUUGACCAAACAAUUCCGUACAUCCACGUACAUCGUUUUCUUUAUAGAAUUUGAACGAACAUUUUAAAAUAACCGCUUCGGUUACCGGCCGGUUAUCUCCUCUGAUUCGCCCACGUGAACUUCAUUCUACGCGAGUUUUUUAUUACGUUGCAUCAUAACAACACGUAAAACGUUUAAAAGAUAACACUUAUAGAGUUUUAUAAUAACAACAACAACGAUGGCUUGUGGUGGUUCGUUCGAUAAGCUUAGAGACAUGGAUUUAACCCGUGAUGAAGUCGAAAAAUUGGGGGACGCCUUAAAAAACAAAGAGUUUAGAAAAUUAUUGUGCGAUUACGUUGAUGAAAUAAGAGAUCCCGAAAAUCAAAAACUUUAUCAAAACGAAAUAACCCAAUUAGAAAAAGAACGAGGAUACGACGUGACCUUCAUUAAUCCAAGUGCUGGGUAUGUAAUCAAAACAAGCUUAAAUGGUACCAAAAAAGCUUUCAUUAACAUUUGUAAAAACGAAAAUAUCGAAAAACCCUCUUCAAAAAGAAGUGUUCAAGAAGGGCAGAAUGGUUUAAAUUGGAAUUUACCGUUUUCUUUAGCUCCACCAAGAGAAGAUAUUGAUAAAAAAGGGGUACGAUGUGAAGUUUUCGAUGUUGUUUUUCAUCCUGAUACUUUAUAUUUAGCUGCAAAUAAUAAAGCUUUUUUGAAUAUGGUUAAUAACACGGCCUGUGAAGCUGUUGAGUCCAAUUUUAAUGUUAAACUUGAUUGUAAGAAUUUAAAAUUUCCUAAAAUGCAAUAUAAAGGGAUGGCACAUCCAGCAAUAAUCCGUAAAAAAUCACAAUCUAAACCAGAACCUUUAGAACCCCAAGAACAAGUUUUAAUGGAUAAAUUGUAUGACACUUUACCCAAAGUGGAGGAACAAAUUCCUUGUAAAUUUAAAGUGAAAAGAAAUGAGGGUGAGAAUGCAAGUAAAUACACAAUACCUAAUUAUAUGAUCAAACAUAGGAGUAAUAUUGAGUUGGAGGAGUUUACUGAGGAUAAAAAUUGUAAAAUAAAUUGUACCAUACCUAAAGAAUUAAUUAUAGAGAUUAAUUUACCUUUGUUAAAAUCAGCUGGGGAUAUCACUUUAGAUGUUACAGAAAAAACAGUCCAAUUAAUUAGUGAAAAACCAUCUAAAUACAAAUUAGAAUUAACUCUACCUUAUUGUGUAAAUCAAGAUAUGGGGAAUGCUAAAUUUGCACAAGACUCAAAAAAAUUAGUUAUUACUUUACCGGUUAAAAGAAAAAGUAUUAUUGAUGCAAUAGAUGAUAGUGGAGUUGAAAGUGACCAUGGUUCAAGCCCCACUGAGUUUUCAAGUGAUGAAUUAAUCACUAUAUUAGAUGACCCAAAAGAAUUAAAAAUAAAAAAUAAUAAUUUCCUUGAUCCCAACAUUCAAUACAUAUUCCCCGAAUUCUCCUCCCAUUUCUCCCAAAACAUUUUAACACUAACUUUACAAACAAGAAACGUCGACGAAUCCUCAUUAAAAAAAUUAACCACCCCCAAAUCUUUACACCUUAAAUUUUCCACAGUAAGUUCAGGAUUUUAUCCAGUAUCUUAUUCUUUUUACAUCGAAUUAAAUUCAAUUCAAGAAGAUGAUUUAUCAGUUGAAGUUUGGGAUAACAACGUCAUCAUUCAAAUUCCAAUUAAUUUGAGUAAAAUCGAUUCUUAUUUGGUUGGUUUAAAUGAAAAUGAAGUGGAUAAGAAGUUUUUAAAUGAUACCCCACCGUCGACGUCGACCCAAUCUGAAGAGAACUCCUCUGAAUAUCUUAAACAUGUACAAGAAAAUAAAAGUUGCUCAAAAAAAAAGUUUAAACGCACGAAAAAUGUACAGAUUGAGAUUGAGAAGUUGAAUGAAGAUGAAAAUAAACCGCCUAUGAGUAAAGCGAUUGAUAUUGAAGGUGCUGUUUCGGAAUCGAGUGGAGAUGAAUUGAGCUCGAGUUAUAGUCCGAGUAAGUCUAAGGGUAUUUUAAAACGAUUUCCGGGGUCUUGUAGCUCGGUAAGUCGUAGCGUUUCUGAAUCUAGUAUUGACGACUUCCUUUGGGCGUCAUCGUUUGAAAAUUGUCACGCUAGUUUAGAUUCUAUCAUUCCAGAGGAUGGGGAAGUUUCGUCGAGUUUGAAGAAAACCGUCAGAUUUAAUGAUGUCGUCUUAAAACAAUUGUAUAGAUUUAAUUCGAGUAUAUUAGGGCAAAAAAAGAAGAAUCAACGCAAAGCAAAAAAUAAAAAACGUGCUCAUGAUAGAAGACACAGUGAGAGCGAAAUGUCUGAGUUGGAUGAGCUCAAGGAGAGGGAUUCUAAGACUAACGAACCGGAGACAAAUAAUGUAGAUAAGCGCAAAGCGCAGGCUGUGGAUGAUGAAGAAGCAGAAGAAGAGGAAGAAGGAAAUUUGGAUAUAUUCGAUUUGGAUAUUUAAACUAAAUAUUUAUUAAGAGGUUUUUACAUUUUUGUAAUACGAGCACCAAUUUGUACUACUCGAUUUUAAUUAAUUAGUUAGUUGGGCUCAAACUUGGCUGUAUUUUCUGGAAUAAUUCCUUAACUGGUUUCAAUUAUUUUAGUUAACUUUUUAUUACUUUGUGAUGGAAUUUUAAAAGUACAUUUUUAUAGGGUAGUUUUUAAUUAAGUAAUUCUGAAAACACAGCUUUGAUUUGUGGCUUAAAUUAGUAUACAAAAAAAUUAAUACAAAAAAAA